UUCAGGUCAUAAGUAACGUGAUAAAAUAAUCAACAAGUAUGGCAGAACAGAAAGGUGUUCCCUACGAUAGAGGAUGGGCUUGGAUGAUUGUUGUUGGUUAUUUUGCCAGUAGCUUUAUCAUGGUGGGUGUGGCUAAAUCCUAUGGUAUACUGAUGAAGCCUCUUAUGGAGGAGUUUAAUGUUGAUAUCACAGUUGCCUCCCUUGGAAUGGCAGUUGGUGCAGGAAUUUAUACACUGGCUGCACCAGUGUUUGUAGCUCUUGGUCAACAUUUUACAGAGAGAUCUGUUGUAAUGUUUGGAGCUGUCUUUGCAUGUAUCUUCAUCUCCUUGUGCUAUCUCAAGAUUGGCAUUUGGUAUCUGAUUUGGAUGUACGGUAUAGGAGCAGGAAUUGGAAAUUCUUGUUUAUUCGGGAAUGGUCUUGUGAUGAUUGGUAGCUAUUUCAAAAGAAUUCGUACAGUUGCUAAUGGUGUUGCAUUGUCAGGAGCUAGUGUGGGAACAUUUGCUAUUCCUCCACUGAUGGAGUUCUUACUACAGACAUAUGGACUACCAGGAACUUAUCUGAUCUUAGGGGGUUUGUACUUAUCUGUAGCUGUGUGCGGUGCCCUCUACCGUCCAAUAAAAUUUUAUACAAGAGAAACAAAAGCAGGAGAAAAUGAUGAAAAGCAUAAACUUAUAAAAGAAGAUCUAAAUGAUUCAACAAGAAAGAGAACAAAUGUUCUUCAGGACAAAGAAAAUGUUGUCAUUGGCAACUCAUCUGAUUUGGAAAUCCAGAUUGAGACAGAGGUCAAUCGUGAGAAAUCUGUGUCAUUUGUUACCAGCACUGGUUCAUUAGUAAUGGGAUCAAUGGAAAGUUUGGCACAAAUUGUACAGGCAGAUGAAUCAAAGAAACUAUCUAAUAGUAUCACAAUCAAAAUAUGUGGAAAAGCUAUAGUUAUUCCAAAAAUAUUUCACUUCUCAGUGCUGAAAAUGCCGGCAGUUGUGUUCUAUACAAUUUUCUCAUUUCUUGUUUUCUUUGGAUAUUUUAAUUUUAUCAUAUUUAUGCCAUUAGAUGCUUCCAGUAGAGGAUUUGAAAGUUUUCAAAAAGCCUGGCUCGUUUCUUGUGCUGGUAUUGGCGAUCUCAUUGGUAGAAUAGUUGUUGGAAUCGUAGGAGAUCUUCGAAUAAUAGAACGAUAUAAAAUAAUUGGCGCCACCUGUAUAUUUUGUGGUAUAAAUAUAUUAAUAUUCAACUUUGCCACUGUGUUUUGGUGGUGUGCUAUCCAUACAACGCUGUAUGGAUUUUUUGGCGGUGCCUACAUUGCCUUGACCUCAAUAGUACUGAUUGAUAUGGUUGGAAUAGAGAUUAUGCCCAAAGCAAUAGGAGUAAUUCUACUUAUACAAGGACUUGGUGCAGCUAUUGGACAACCUGUUGAAGGGGCCAUCAAAGGAAGUUCAGGGUCAUUUUCCCUUUUGAAUUAUAUAAAUUCUUCAUUAAUGAUUAUAGGAGGAUUUUUCAUGUUCCUGUAUCCUUUUGUAAGGGAUUAUGCUAAGAAAUUAGAAUAUAAAAAUGAUGUAAACCAGGAAGAAGAAGACGCUCAGGGAAAGGAAAACAACUCAUGAGACUGCAACAAAAAUUUACCAAGGAAAUGGAAGAUCUCAUGUCUGAAUGUGAAGAACAAGCUAAAAAUAUAAUAAAUCAGUUGUUGUUUCUGAAGUAGUUCAUGUAAAUUCCUAUUGUUUAUUGAGAGGCCUUUCCAGGGAUGUGAUAAGGAGAGAGAGAAGUGAGUUAACUGUCAGUUUAUUUAUCUGUCUAUCAACACUUACCAUCAAAAGGGAACAUCUCACGUUUGGUAGACCAGUACAGUGGUUUCAUUUUUUUUAUGGUAUUGAUUUGAGUGGAUUUAAGAAAAAUUUUGUAUUCAGUGUUAAUUGUUUUAAGGUUUUAUAUACUGUAAAUUCAGAAAUUAUUGUGUGCAUUUAUUUUUUGCGAUUAUAUCAUUUUGGACUAAAUGCAAUUCUAUUUUUAUUUUUUUUUGCAAUAUUUAGAAAAAAUCCUGUUUAACUCAUUUAAAAUGUGUUUCAAAAUGCGAGUUUAAAUCAUUGCGAUUAUAACCCUGUCACAUUUUUCGCAAUAAUAAAAUCAUUACAAAAGAGGGACGAAAGAUACCAAAGGGACAGUCAAACUCAUAAAUCUAAAACAAACUGACAACGCCAUGGCUAAAAAUGAAAAAGACAAACAGAAAAAUAAUAGUACACAUGACACAACAUAGAAAACUAAAGAAUAAACAACACGAACCCUACCAAAAACUAGGGGUGAUCUCAGGUGCUCUGAAAGGGUAAGCAGAUCCUGCUCCACAUGCGGCACCCGUCAUGUUGCUUAUGUGAUUACAAAUUACAAUAAUUUCUCACGUUACAGUAGAUCUAAAUAUGUAAAUUUUUAGUUGUUUUAUUGGUUUUUUUUCCCAAAUUGUACUUCUUAUCCUGUCAAUAUCUACAAACUUUGUGGGAGAAAUAAUUCCUUUAAUGUUAAAAAUGUUUUUAAUAUACAUUUGGUACUUUGCUAGUGUAUCUCCUUAAUAACUUUGACAUUUUUGUAACUUGUAAUUCUCACAUGGCAUGUCUAUUUAUCAUGACCUCAUGUCUAAACUAUGUCAUUUAUUGAUAAUUUAGUGUGAUUUUGCUGUGUUUAAUUGGUUGUGUUUAUCAGGUAUGUAUACCAUAAUACAAUGAACACAUUUUAUAUUAGUAUUUUCUGGUGUUUUGCUGUUUAUACAUUUCAUUUUGUAAUUCAAAAUGAUUUUUACACAUUAAGUGCAUAAUAGUUUACACAUUUUUGAAAUAUUUGAAAUUUUGAGAAAACUACACUUAUGAUGAUUUUUAGAGAUUAUUACUGUUUGAAUUUUGUGCAAAAAAUGUCAAUGCAAUAAAUUUUUAUGUUUUUCAAUUUUAUCUUCAAUUUUACUCAAUACAGUAUAAUCAGGUAUAAUAUACUCUUGCUUUUCUUGCUUUGAUCUUUGACUAUCCAAAAUCAUUUCUCUUGUUAUGAAUUUCCAUUGUUGGUUAGAACAUUUUGUAGAAUGUAUACUCCAAUGUUGACAAAAAAUGCUCAGCUGUAUUUAAAUAAUUCUGUCAACGCUAACUCCUCCCCCUUUUUAUCCCAGUUGUUUAAAAAUAAAUUUGGAGUUAUUUGUUUAUAUAUUUUUUCAUAUAUAUCAAAAUAUGUUUUGUAACUUAAUCAGAUUCAUGUCAAAAAUGGGAACUUGUAUAUAUUUUUGUUGAUGUUUUAAAUACGUAAUUUCAAUAUGUGUUUGUUAAAAACAUAGAACUUCUGGUUGAUUCAUUAUACAGUUUAUAUAGCAUUCUUUUUUUUUAAAUUGUUAUACAUAUCAAAUUCUUUUCGUGUGAAAAUUUCAAUGUUUUGCUCUUAAACAUAUAGUUUGUAUUUUCUAUUGAAAAACUAAUGUUAGUUAAAUGCAUUUACGAAUUAUUUGCAUUUAUAUUAGUUCAGGGUAAUAUUUUUUUAUUUUUUAUUUUUCUAAUUUGAAUUUCUACCUCAUGACCAUAUCUAUUACUUGAUUUAAGUAUAUAGCCUGAAACAAAGUUUAAUCAUUAACUUAAUAAAAUUUUUAUACUUUUAUCAGUUCAGGUCAAGAAAUAUUUAUUUCUAUCUAAAGUAACUUUUAAGGUGGUACCCAACACCUACACUUAAAUUAAUUUGGCUCGUUUAAUUCAUAAAAUCUUGUCUAAGGAUUAACUUUGACCCUUUGACAAAAUUAUGAAAAAUUCAAAACAUUUGAACCAACCAAUUUAUGAGAAAAAUUACACUGGUUAUAUAUCAGUUUCAUCAACACUAAUUUUUGAGCAUUUAGAAGCUUAAUAUUCUCUUAACACCACAAAGUAAUUAAAGCGUUUAGCUGAUUUUACAAAGUUAUCUCCCUGUAGUUUUAGGUACCACCUUAAGUUCUUUUCAAAGAAAUAAGUCUACAGGUAUUUUGUAGUCAAGUGUUUUGCUCUUGAUACAUUUCAAUUAUUCUUAUGUUGUAUAAUUAUGAUAGAAAAAAAUUGUUUUAUGUUUAUAAAUGAUUAAUAUGAGAUAGAAAUAUUCGAACCCAGUAUAAGUAAAUUUAUAUUUGAAUAUGUUGUGAAUAUAUUUUAAAUUAAUAUGAAUAUACAAGAUUGUAUUUGAAUUCAUUAAUUUUUUUUCAUGUAUUAUUAUUAAAACUCUUAAAUAUUUUUCUAAAAGCAAUCUAAGAUCUAGUAGGAUAAGUUUGCCUAGCACAUUGUCAAUUAAUAACAGAUAUGGUUUGUUAUUCCUAAAGACUAAUAUCCCUUUAUCACAACAAUAAAUUUAAUUUAUAAAUAUUAUGAUGGUUAUUUUUUAAAGUACAGUUAACUCUCGUUGUCUCGAACUCGGUUGACUCGAAAUUUCGGAUGAGUCGAAGUUUUCACGUGGUCCCGAACUUUGUUCCAUAUAAAUGUAUGUAAUUCGACUCCUGAUGAGUCGAAAUUGGAUGUGUCGAAAUUUCGGUUGAGUCAAACUAAAUUUACGAUCCCAAGGUUAACAAAACCAUUCAAAAUUCAUUAUUUAACUCGAACUAAUACACAUAUGUCAAAACAUGACCUCCGGCAUUUAAAUGGAUUGAAGAGUUAAUCUGACAAUACACGUGUAAUUAAAUUUCCAGUCACUGACCACUGUAUUGAUUUAUGACAUGCUGUUUCCACGAGUGUUUACCUAAGAUUAUCUUAUAUAGAAUUUUUAUAAAUAAUGAGUGACACAUUGUUUAUGUUCAUGAAAAAGUAUUUAAAAUGUUUACAAAACAAUUAAUUGUGAUUUACACUAAUGAGCUUGGGUGUGUAUAAAGUAAGGAUUAUGACUUCCGUUGAUGAUGACCUAAAAAUUACUCAAUCGGCGUCUUUAAUCUUGUAUUUUCUUUUAGUAAAAGAAAGAGUGAGAUAAAACAAAAUGGAGAGGAAUUUAAAUUUUUUAAAGUCUUUUGUAUCGGAGAAUAAACAAUUUUGUCAACUUUAAACGACCUGAAUAACGAAACUAUCGAUUGGAAAUUACUCUCUCGGAUAAAAGCCAUAGGAAACAAUAGUAACUGAAACAAUUGAAUAAGUAAAACAAUGUUAUUAUAAUAACGAAAGACCAUGACAUACAAAUACAUCGAUCUGAUACCAGAAUAUCGAUCCCCUUCCCAUAUUCACCCUGAUUUAUUUUAGCUUUACCAUGCUAGGCAAGAGUUGUGUCCCUUGUUCAGUCAAACUUCCGGUUUUCGUUUGAGUUGAACUAUGUGUAUCUCGUAAUAUUUCUUCGGUCCGGCUGACUUCGAGAUAACGAGAGUCGACUGUAAUAUGAUAAAAAUUUAACAAAUCUGAUGCUCACUUGCUGUAAAUGAUCAUUUGAUACCUGGCGUCAAAGGACAUUCCUGUCGUCAUAUAUUAAUGCUAUACAGAUAUAAUAGUGCAAAAGAUAUUUUUUAUACUAACAAAAUUCUGACAAAGUUAUUAGUUUGCCUAAGUCUGUAAGGAUCAGAAUAUAAUCAAAGACAAAACAUAGCUUUACUAUUAUUGAGAUGUAGGUGUGUUGUGUUGAAUUGUAGUUGAAAAAACUUUAAAAAAUUCUUUAUGAAUCUCAUAUUUUUUUUAUUGUUUGUUAACCUUCCUCAAACAGAUCUUUAGGUUUAUAUUUAAUGUGCAUUUUACCAUUUAAUGUUUAUAAAUUAUAUCAGUUCAAGUAUGAGCAUAUUAAAUUCCAAAAAAAAUCAAACGGAAUUAAAGUAUAGAAAUAAGAAACCUCAACAGAUCUUGUUCUGUUUUGAGAAUGUUACCCGGUAUUCAAAUUAAAUGUGUCCUGUU